GCUGGAGUGUAAAUUGUCUGACAGGGAGGUGAGGGGACCUGUGCACGGGCAUUGAAAAGAGAAGUAAGUUUCAAGGGGUUUCGGUGCGCAGUUUCCAAGUCAACGCGGAGGCAGACUUGAGAGCGACAAAUGAUUUGUACGAGUCUCAGCAACAGGGCGCAGAGCGAAAUGUCAGGGACUGUUUCAGCCUUGAGCAAAGGGAAGCGCGACUAGUACACCGCAACGCGGAAAAUAUUCAGGGGGGAGAGAAUGCGAAUGGUGCGAAGAUACCGAAAUCAAACAAAAUGGACACGAUGUAGCGUCGCUGCGGCAUUCCAUAUAGCUAGAACUAACGUUAGAGUAGAGAAUAGAUAGCCAAGGAGCUAGCAGGUUAACUAACAUACAUGUAAAGUCAUUCCCCCGAGAAGCUGAAGCAGAGCCUGGAGGCGUCUGUUGAAUCAGAAGAGUUCAUCAGUGUUGCGAAAUCAAAGAAGAUUAAAAGAAGAUGCUACGGAGAAGACUGAACCGUUUGCUCGGCGGUGAUGAGAGAAGAGUUGACAGUAGGACUAUCUAUGUCGGUCAUCGGUCAGGCUCCACCAAUGAGGCUAUCAUCCCACCCAAGUUCUGUGAUAACAGGAUUGUAUCCUCCAAGUAUACAGUUUGGAACUUUCUACCAAAGAACCUGUUUGAACAAUUUAGAAGAAUUGCCAAUUUCUACUUCCUUAUCAUCUUCCUGGUGCAGGUGAUAGUGGACACUCCCACCAGCCCAGUCACCAGUGGCCUACCCUUAUUUUUUGUGAUCACAGUAACGGCUAUCAAGCAGGGCUAUGAGGACUGGCUACGGCACAAGGCUGACAAUGAGGUGAAUAAAUACCCAGUGACAGUGCUAGAGGACGGCCGCAGGAUACCGAAGGAGAGUGAGAAGAUCAAGGUUGGGGAUGUUGUGGAGGUGGAGGAAGAUGAGACCUUUCCCUGUGAUUUGAUUCUGCUGCAUUCUAGCCGAGAUGACGGCACAUGUUUCGUUACCACAGCAAGUCUUGAUGGAGAGUCCAACCAUAAAACACACUACACCGUGCCAGAUGCAGAGAGGGAUCUGGAAUCUCUCAACGCCACCAUCGAGUGUGAACAGCCACAGCCUGACCUUUACAAGUUUGUUGGCCGUAUGCACAUCUACACAAAUAAUCAGGAGCCGGCAGUGAGGUCUUUGGGCCCAGAAAACCUACUGCUGAAAGGCGCCACUUUAAAGAACACUCAGAAAAUCUGUGGUGUUGCAGUUUACACUGGCAUGGAGACAAAGAUGGCUCUCAACUAUCAGGGCAAAUCUCAGAAACGCUCUGCUGUGGAGAAGUCUAUCAAUGCCUUCCUCCUUGUUUACCUUUGCAUAUUGGUGAGCAAGGCCCUAGUGUGCACUACACUUAAGUAUGUGUGGCAGAGCAAGCCUGGACAGGAUGAGCCUUGGUACAACGAGAAAACCCAGAGAGAGAAGGAGACCAAUCUGUACCUAAAGAUGUUCACUGACUUCCUGUCCUUCAUGGUGCUCUUCAAUUUCAUCAUUCCGGUGUCCAUGUACGUGACAGUGGAGAUGCAAAAGUUUUUGGGAUCCUUUUUCAUCACAUGGGACAAGGACUUCUUUGACCCUGAAAUCCAAGAGGGGGCACUGGUCAACACUUCCGACCUCAAUGAGGAGCUGGGGCAGGUGGAGUAUGUCUUCACAGACAAGACGGGUACCCUCACUCAGAAUAACAUGGAGUUCAUUGAGUGCUGCAUCGACGGCUUCCAGUACAAGUACCGGGACGCAAGCUCAGAGUUGGACGGAUUCUGCGUCACAGAUGGACCUGUGAGCAAACUACAGGAGAAAGCUGGCAGGGAGAAAGAAGAGCUGUUUCUGCGUGCCCUGUGUCUGUGCCACACGGUCCAGGUGAAGGAGUCUACAGAGCAGGGUCAAGGCCAAGCGGACGGACUGACAGACCAGGUGGAUGGCUUAGGGGUGGAUGGAGAGGUGGUCCAUCCACUGCAGGAGCAGCGAGGCUUUAUAGCUUCCUCACCCGAUGAGGUUGCUCUGGUCAAGGGUGCCAUGAGGUAUGGCUUCACAUUUCUGGGUCUGGAAAGUAAAACCAUGAAAAUUCUCAACAGGAACAAUGAUGUUGAAAUGUAUGAACUCCUUCACGUGUUGAACUUUGACCCAGUGAGAAGGCGAAUGAGUGUAAUAGUCAGGUCAAGAUCAGGUGAAACACUGCUCUUCUGCAAGGGAGCGGACUCUUCUAUCUUUCCCCGUGUGAGGCAGGAAGAGGUUGAAAGGAUACGCAUGCAUGUGGAGCGUAAUGCAACCGAGGGCUACCGGACACUGUGUGUGGCCUACAAACGUCUCAGUCCAGAGGAGUACGCCCAGGCAGAUGAAGGACUGAAGGAAGCUAGACUGGCUCUGCAGGACAGAGAAGAGAAGCUCAUGGCUGUUUACAACCAAGUGGAGACUGGAAUGAGUCUGAUAGGAGCUACUGCUGUAGAAGAUCGGCUUCAAGAGGAGGCAGCAGAGACCAUGGAGGCUCUGCAGGGGGCAGGCAUGAAGGUUUGGGUCCUGACAGGGGACAAGAUGGAGACGGCAAAGUCUACCUGCUAUGCUUGUAGGUUGUUCCAGAGAAAUACAGAGCUGUUGGAGCUGACAGUGCGCACUCUGGAGGAUGGAGGGAGGAGGCGUGAGGAACGGCUACAUGACCUCUUGAUUGAAUAUCAUAAGAAAGCUGUGCAGGAUGCACCGCCAGUUAAGGCAGGCGUCACCAGGAACUGGUCUUCGGCAAACCAAGACUAUGGUUUCAUUAUAGAUGGAGCCACUCUGUCGAUGGUGCUCAACUCCUCCUCCUCUGAAUCCAACUCAAGUCGCUACAAGAACCUGUUCCUGCAGAUUUGUCAAAACUGCACAACUGUGCUCUGCUGCCGUAUGGCUCCUCUACAAAAGGCACAGAUAGUUAAAAUGGUGAAGAACUCUAAAGGCAGCCCAAUCACUCUUUCCAUUGGAGAUGGUGCCAAUGAUGUCAGCAUGAUUUUGGAAGCUCAUGUUGGAAUUGGUAUUAAGGGUAAAGAGGGUCGGCAGGCAGUAAGGAACAGUGAUUAUGCCAUCCCCAAACUGAAGCACCUCAAGAAACUUUUGUUGGCUCAUGGGCAUCUCUACUAUGUUCGCAUUGCACACUUGGUGCAGUAUUUCUUUUACAAGAAUCUUUGCUUCAUCUUACCUCAGUUUUUGUACCAGUUCUUCUGCGGCUAUUCCCAGCAACCCCUGUAUGACGCGGCCUAUCUGACGAUGUACAACAUCUGCUUCACCUCUAUGCCCAUCCUGGCUUAUAGCCUCUUGGAGCAGCACAUCUGCAUUGAGGUUCUGCUGGACAAUGCUACCCUCUACAGAGGGAUUGCUAAGAAUGCCAUGUUACGGUGGGGACCAUUCCUCUACUGGACAUUACUGGGAGUCUUCCAUGGCUUGCUCUUCUUCUUUGGUGUUCGGUAUCUGUUUAGUAACCCAGCACUACAGGACAACGGCCAGGUUUUUGGGAACUGGUCAUAUGGAACAAUAGUCUUCACUGUCCUUGUCUUCACUGUCACAUUAAAGCUUGCUCUGGACACACGUCACUGGACGUGGAUCAACCACUUUGUAAUCUGGGGAUCCCUGGCUUUCUACGUGUUUUUCAGCUUCUUCUGGGGAGGAAUAAUAUGGCCUUUCCUGAGGCAGCAGCGUUUGUACUUUGUGUUUGCCAACAUGCUGAGCUCGGUGUCAGCCUGGCUGGUCAUCAUCUUGCUCAUCCUCCUCAGCCUACUGCCAGAGAUCCUGCUUGUGGUGUUCCGCAAGCCCCGCGGCCCCCACGCUCGACAGAUGAAACAUCGCCUUCCUUCCUCGGGGACAUCUACUAUCUUCAUGUUGUCGCAGACCGCUAGCACUCACAGCUUCUCGUGGAGUGACUGAGGUCUCUUUUUCUUUCUGUCAGUUCUUAUACUUAAGACUCUUCCUGCAGAGUUUCUGUGUCUGCCAGUCUUGCUUGUUUCCUACCUUUUGUGUCCUUCCUCUCCCACUGUUACUCAUUCCUUACCCUCUAAAGUAACUCGGGCUGGUGUUCUGCAGCUUCUUAUAGUCCCCACUCGGUCGGAUGGAUUAGGUCAAAUACUUCAGAUUAGAGAUUAUUACCUCACGAAUGGCAUCCUUGGAGGGCCCCAUCUUUAAACCUUGACUACAGUGCUUUUCUUUAGAGAUAUGUUUAUUAAAUUGGGAGGAAUGUUGGUCAAAUGGGGUGGUGUGUGCCCAACUCUGCCAGCAGUGUGGAGUAGGACCAGGUGUCCAUGCUGAAAACGUGCAGCCAGUCUUCCAUCCUUGUAUGUCCAGUUGUCGCAGUCAGUGUCUCCUCCCAGCUGCCUGUUCUGCUGCAAUGCCUGCUGCCUCCGCAUGUCCAGUCAGGUGAAUGCAGCACGUCAAAACACCCAAACCUACCUGCAUGAGGCUCAAGUCAACAACCUCAUCCUGGAUCCUCACCACAAUCCCUGCGGGUCACUGCAUUUUGUCUGUGCGUGUGUGUGCGCGUGCGUGUUACAUUGUCCAUUCUUUUUAAGAAAUCUGAAAGGAUAGUGGCCCUGUAUUAAUCUGGACGAAUUGGUAUGGAGUCAAGGCGUCUGAAAAUUAUUAUUGCAAGGAAAAGGUAUCUAAAAAGGCAUCCAAACUGAAUUUCAUUAUCCACCUGUCCAGUUUUGAAGGCUUUGUGUCUGUAUAUGUUUGUUCCCUGUGUAUGUCUGUGUGCAAGAGAGAGCACAAGGGGAGAGAGAGAGACAAAAGUGUGUGUGUGUCUGUCAGCGUAGUGAUGUCAUUGGUGUCUCUUGCC